GGAAUUGACGCUUUACAUUUCACAUACUGCUUCAACAGUUUGCGGCAAGCUAUCUCUCUCUCCGGAGAUUUUCAAAGGUAAUUGCAGACGAUUAAAAGGUCCCUCAAUCAACAGGAUCCAUAAUCAUGUUUCUAUUGCUGUUCUUCCUGUCCUUCACGUCCGAUGUAUGCCAUUCCCAAAUGGCUUACCGUCGCAUGGUGCCUUAUGAUCCUAGGUACGUCAUGCAUCGACCACCUGUUCGACGAUCACCAAUGGAUGCCCUCGAGAGGCUGAGGCUACCAAUGGCUCGCUAUUUCCCUGAGGUGGACACCCAAAUCGCUUCAGCGCCGUACCAACCACCUGUUGCUCCCCUAUCCAGCUAUCAACUGAGUCCGGAAGACAUCUACGCCUUGCCUCCGCAAUGGACGGAAGAUUUCGUGCCGGAGCGAGUCGAAGAAGAAGCCGACUACGGGAAUUACGAGUACGAGAGUCCUUUCAAUGCACCCGUCUACAGACCCGCCACUUACGGGGACGAAAUCUAUGCACCGGAACCAAUCAUGGAAUCGGAGCCCAGUGAUGGCAACCUCUACAACGAUUUGAUGGUGAACUAUUUGCUAAAUGAUAACGAACCUAAAGAGCCGAUGGAUCAGUCCGAAAUCUACGGGAUGCAGAGGCGCAGCAGCUUGGACAGUAAUAAUAAGGAAGGUGUUAUUUCUCUGUCCAACGUUCUCGAAGCGAACAAAAACGCUACUUCUUCUGCUAGUGGCAACUUCACUCUUGUGCCAGCUGCUCCGAUUCCAUCUCAACCAACACCCCAGGUGCAAGUGACUGCUGUUCCCUCAUCGGCGGAGAAGAAGGAAAUCAAAUCUUUGGUCAUUCCUGUACCGACCGCUGGAAAUCCCGACGAAACAGAGGAUGUGUGGAGGGUGCAGGGACAAAAGGAAGAGCCCCUUUUCCGACCACUCCAGAACAGUCAGAAGACAACGUGGGCAGCCAUGACGAGAGCGAAAAACAGUCAACAAAAGAGCCCAAUUCCUCUCCUGAAGCAAAUGAUUCAGAGCGGCCAGAAGAAAAACUCCUUCGACCCAUUAACCGAAGAACUGAAUGACUUAAAAAAUCACCUCAAAAUAUAAAGACCUCAAUCUUCAGGCAUCGUCUAAUGUUUUACCUUACUCCCGAAUGCGAGCUUGGAGCUCUUUCUCAGCACUUGAAGAACUUUUGAACAGGCGUUUCAAAGAAGCCAAUUUGAAUUUUAAAUCGUGUGCUCAUCGUUCUCUGAUGUCUUCUAAGACGUCAUACUUUUUAUUUACCCUCUGUUUCAUGAAAUUCCUAAUAAAUCAAGCAAAGUUGAGUUGCUUUUGAGCUGGUGUGACGUCACGCAGUGCUGAAUAAUCUUGAAUUUCAAUGAUUCAAUGAUGGAGUUGCCGAUAAUGAGUCUUUCCAUGGUGUCUUUUUAAAUAAAUAUUUUUAAUGAUUCGAAAAUUUUACUUAUUCGAUGAUUCUUCAUCUUCUUUUGUCAUUUUAUUUUCAUCAUACAAUCUCAUUAUUUGACCAAAAAAAAAAAAAAAAAACUUAGCUAUUAUUUAAACAUUAAUGUUUGUUUGUUGAUUUAUGAAAAACAAUCUUAUACCUUUUGAGUUUCUGUUUGAGUUUUUUAAAAAUAUAUUUUAAAAAUGGAAACUUAGCUGAGCUUUUGUUAAUGAGUUCUUCACCAUGUUUUCCGAAGUGAAGUGAGAUGGUGUUGAAGUAGUACUACGUAGUUCGCUAAAUAUAAAUCAAAUGUUUGCUGUGAUUAUAUGUUUUGUGUAGAACAUUAAGUAACGCGUUUGUCAAAAAUGCUGUUGUAAAGUAUGUUGAAAUUAAAAUGUUUUGUUGUAAAAUUAUAUGUAUUCAAUAUUGCAAUUUUUAUGAUAUAUAUAUAAAAGUAUGUAUACAUGUAAAUAUGUACACAAAUAAGUGUAAGUGGUAAACAUGGUAAGAUUACAUAUUUCUUCCAUUCUUUUAUUUUUAUCGCUUGUCUACUAUUUAAUAUGCAGGAAUUAUUCUUUUCCUAAAAAAAAAUCUGUUAAAUAUCUAAGAUCAUUUCAUCAUUUUCUCCUUUUUCUUUGGUUAUUUUCACUAUUGUUUUGUCAAAUGAUUUGAGUGUAUGUUCAUUACUUCAAAGAAAUUUCAUUGUUUUCAUUUCCCCAUAAUUUCCCGGUGAAAAUACAAUAAAACAUUAAUAACCUUAUCAGUCCUUUUGGUACAGUUAAGUUAAACAUGUUUCAAUAGCUUGAACGAGUUUGCUUUAUCCGAAUUUAACUAAAAAAAUAAAUAUCACUUGCUUUAACCCUUUGUAAAGUAUUCAUAUUUCUACUACCACACAUUCAUAAAGAUUGUGUAUGCUUGAUAAAAAUAUAAAAAUAGCAUUUUCACUGGCUGAUUAUGAUCUAUUAACUGUUACAUGAAAUGGUUCCAAUCAAUGCAAAAUAAAUGUCAACGAUUUAAAAAUACUCAUAUGUGGUAAAACGAUGAGCGACAAACUUAUGUUACUUAACUGAUGAAAAUUAAGUUUAACUUAUUAAUUUUCAUUUAUAUUGGUAAAAAAGAUUCAUUUGAAUAAAAUAUCUAUAAAAGAUUGACGUUAAUGCUUUUUACGUCCUUUUAAGAGUGGAGUCGUAGAAGUAUCUGAGUUUUAAUGUUGUUAUUAUAUCUGCUACUUCCAGUAGUUAUUUGUUCUUCACUGAUUAUAGUUACUUAUUUGCAAAUUGUAAACUUUUUAUAAAGUAUGGAAACAUUUCAAUAUUUUAAUCUAAAAAAAGAAUUUACACUUUAUCAGUAAUUUUAAUUUAAAAAAAAUAUAAUAAUUUUCAUCUCAUCAUCAGUUUUAAAUUUUUCAUUUUUUUGACGGUCAAUUUUAUUGAACUCUAGCCAAAAGUUUUACAAAAUCAGAUUCUUUUGAAAUAAAAAUAUUUAAUUCUUUUCUUAAUCAGAGAAUAAUAUUCCUAUUUCAAUAGAAAAGAUGUACUCUGAAGUGUAUGAAUAAAUUGUUUUUGUAACUAACGAACUUUUAGUAGUUCUUAAAGAUCAAAUACAAAACUAGUUAAUACAGUUAAGCUUUAAAAAUAACGUAUUUAAAUUUUCAACUGAAGCGCUUAAGACGUCAAAUGCUUUGGAAAAACCUAAUACUAUUAGCAAUGCAACGCAUUUUUUUUUUCGCUUGCAGAUUUCACAGGCUGUUCAAACUGUUCUCUUUCUGAGUGAUAAUAAAAUCUAUAUUAGUUAUGUAUUUUGUAUCUUCAUUUUCAGCAACUACAUAGCUGAGGAAAUGCUGCCAUUACGUUCAUAAUGUAUGUUUCUUAGAGUAGUUCAAAAAUACGUGCAAAAAAAAAAAAAAAGUUUCGCAAAGAUAACAGGACAUUUCUCAAUAUUUUUAGACUUGUGGGUAGUAGUAUACUGGAAGAAGCUCCAUAGCUUCACUUUUAGCUUCAUAUUUCAACUGAAAAAGGGCGCUCAAUCCCCUCCCCCAAACUUCAUAAGUAUGGGAAGGGGGAUUAAAAAUACAUUGAACUGUAAAAACAAUGCUACGUAUUAUAAUAUACACUAGUAAUAUGCAUAUACAUUGCAAUAAAAUAAUUAUUUACAAAAAACUUCUGAAAAAUAAAAUGUUUCUAAAUUUGUGGGAUUUUCCUACGGCUAAUGUUAAAUUAAGGGGUCAUUAAGCACCUCUUAAAAUUUGAGUAAGAAGCUAAAACUUUUAGCUUCAUAUUUCAACUGAAAGAGGGCGCUCAAUCCCUUCGCCCAAACUUCAUAAGUAUGGGAGGGGGAUUAAAAAUACAUUGAACUGUAAAAACAAUGCUACGUAUUAUGAUAUACACUAGUAAUGUGCAUAUACAUUGCAAUAAAAUAAUUAUUUACAAAAAAAACAUUUGGAAAAUAAAAUGUUUCUACAUUUGUGGCAUUUUCCUACGGCUAAUGCUAAAUUAAGGGGUCAUUAAGCACCCUCUUAAAAUUUGAGUAAAAAGAUAAAACUUUUACAGCAUAAUACUAUUAGUAAGUCUAAAAAAUAAGGGGUGUCGUAAACUCUAGCGGAAAAAAAAGUUUUUUUGAACCACCCUAAUGUUUUUCAAUUUGAGCAAAACAUAUGGUAAAAAUUUCAAUAGUAAUGUAAGAACUGAAAUGUAUAUAAUUACUUUUUAAAAAACAUCUGUCUGACGUCAUACGCACUUCUGUGUGUAAGCUCUAUGUACAUUACUAUUAUUGCUCGUGUUUAAAGUGUUGUUUCAGUUGUCCGUUAAAUUCUUUGUUGUAAUUGUAAAUAAUCAGGCUUACUGUUGACAUGUAUAAGUGUUAAUAGCAUUUGUAAAAAUCAAAGUUUGUAAGCAAAUGUGUGAAAGAACUGUUUUAGAAUAUGUGAUCGAAAGUUCUGAAAAUGGCUCAAUGGGAACGCUUGACAAAGUAGGGAACUAAAAAAUCUCUUAUAGCUCCUGAAUGAUUACCGCAAAGCGAAAAUGUUUGAAAAUAUUUGUAGAGAUGUAAGUUCUUUUAAUAAUUUAGAAAAGGUUCUAUUUAGCAGAAUUUCAGAUAGUUUCAAAUAAAAGAUCUGCUUCAAUUUUAAGUUAAAUUUUAGAAAAUGUCUUAUCGUAAAACAUUUUUAGUUUUGCAGUAAUAAAAGACCUGCUUCAAAUUGAAAUUAAUUUUUUAGAAAAUGUUUUAUUUAAAAAGAUUUUAAAUUUUAAAGUAAUUAAAGGCCUGCUUCAAACUAAAGUUAAAUUUUGAAAAUUUUAUAUCUGAAUAUAUUUUUAGUUUCAUGGAAUAAAAGACCUGUUUCAAAUUAAAAUAAAAUUUUAGAAAAUGUUUUAGUUGAAAAUAUUUUUAAUUAUGCAAUAAUAAAAGACUUGCUUCAAAUUAAAAUUAAAUUUUAGAAAAUGCUUUGAUUGAAAAUAUUUUUAAUUAUGCAAUAAUAAAAGAUCUGCUUCAAAUUAAAAUUAAAUCGAAAAAAAUGUUUUUAUUUGAAAAGAUUUUUAGCUUUGAAGUAAUAAAAGAUCUGAUUUAAAUUAAAUUUAAAUUUUAGAAAAUGUUGUACAAAAGAUUUUUAGUUUCGCAGUAAUAAAGGUUCUACUUUAAAUGAAAAUCAAUUUUUAGAAAAUAUUCUAUUUAAAAGUUUUAUUUUUGCUCCAAUAAAAGACCCGCUUCAAAUUAAAAACAAUUUAUAGAAAAUGUUCCAUUCAAGAACUUUAGUUUUGGGCCAAUAAAGUACUUAUUCAAAAUUAAAACCGAUAGUUCAAAAACCAGUACGAAGCUCUUGCACAAUGAUGUUGCUUCACAAUUUGUAGAACAGACCAAAAUGGCGAAGAAUACAUGAAAAAUUUAGAACAAAUGCAAUUUUAUAUAAAAUAUGCUAAACAGUCAAUCGGAUCUAGACCACAACUUACAUCUCUGCAUGCGCACAGAAAAAUUGAAACAUUCCCCAAUUUCCAAAGCAGCUGUCACAAAUACGUGUCUGUAUUUUAUGUACGCGUAUGAAAGUGAAUGUAUUAGAAUAGAGUAGUAACUGACAUAUCCACUACAUGGUGUGAUUCCUUACGAUACCAUUGUGAAUGUACUUACAGGUAUAAUUUCUGUAAAUAAUUCUAACCCUUAAAUAAGGGACUUGGCCAAUUUUCACUGUAAUCUCUUAUGAAUAAAUUAUUUUAUCUAUAU